AUGGUAAAAGCAGUAAAAGGCAAGAAGAAAGCUAAAGAAAUGACAUUAAUAGCAACUAAUACUGAAAUAAAUACCAAUUUACGACAACAAAAUUUGCUACCCAAUCGAGAAAUGAUUACAAGUACCGCGGUAGCAUCACCGAUUUAUCCAUGUGAUGAAAAAAAUUCACCAAAUUAUAUGAUUUAUUGUCAGGGUGAACUAUUACAUGCUAUAUCAUUAAGUAAUAUCUUCAAAGAUUCUAAAACAUUUGUGGAUAAACCAAUUAAAAAAGAACCGGAAGAGAUAAUUAGCAUAUUUAAUCAAAAAUUUCCUAAUCAAAUUACCAUUAAUGAUCGCGAUGCAUUACAUUCAUUUGUGGAUGAAUAUUUUGAUAUCGAAGGAAGUGAUAUUCAACAGUUUUGUUUUUCAUAUUGA